GACCCCGACCACCAGGAGAGCAAAAGUGCCCUGGCUACCGAUCCUCCUGCUGCUGGGCACGAUCGCAGAAAGCUCAGGAAUAGAUCCGAGCUGGACCCAGGAGGUUAUCAACAUCGGUGGGCCUCAAUUCGAGUUUGGUGGUCGGUGGAAAGUGAGAAGAGUGGAGGUGCAGCCGGCGCAAGUCAGCUGCGGCCUGGACGACCUAGGUGGCCUUGAGAAGUAUAGGUACAAGGCGGACUACACGGAGGUGAAGAGGAUCUACUUGGAGAUCUUUGCGGAGGUUGUAAAGCGGACCUUCAUCGCGAUGGCCGAGCAGCUUCAACAGAUCAGAGAGGUGCUGGAUGGCUUGACCCGCAGCCAGGAGCAAAAUCAGUGGGCCCGGAAUGUCAAAGGGCCGGAGGUCUUCAAGGCGGACACCCGCGAGAGCGAGUUGAAGCAAUGGGAAGACUGGAAGUUUACUUUGGAGAACUGGGUCAAAGCGGUGGACCCAGAGAUGUACCUGGACAUGAAGCGGGUGGGCCAGAACGCGGAGGAAGCGAUCGACUGGAACGAGUUGAGCGAUGUGAGAAAGGUGAAGAGCUUGAGGCUCUUCGGAGUGCUGGCUUCGUAUCUGCGGGGCCGGGCACUCAAGCUCAUCAAGCACACGCCGGAAGAGAACGGCUACGAAGCAUGGAGGCUGCUGCUGAGAGACAUGCAGCCGAGCACAAGGCAGAGGGCAUUGGCUUUGAUGACCCAGCUGUCGAGGAUCACCUUCGCCCCGAACAAGUCCAUCAUGGAGCAGCUCCCGGCCUACGAAGCCUUGGUCAGGGAGUACGAGAGGGUCUCGUCUCAGGAGUACCCUGAGGACGCAACUGCAGAUGAUGGUGAGACGACGUUCGAGUCGCUGAAGGGUCGCAUCGAACAAUACGAGGCGAUCACUACGAAGUGGAGCACGGAGAACGUGCUCGGCCUGCCCAGUCAGACGACCAUGGAGGGCCCGACCCCGAUGGAUGUGGACUACAUCGGCGGCUAUCAGAAGGGCAAGAAAGGCAAGGGAAAGGACGGCAAGGGCAAGUACGGCAAGGGCAAGUCCAAGAAGGGACAAAGCUACAACGACUUCAAAGGCAAGGGCAAGUCCAAAGAUGAGAAGGGCAAGUCCAAGGCCAAGGGCAAGCAGGAACAUCAACCAGGUGGAAGGAGAUUGGGCCAGCUAUCCCGCUUCACCGCUGGCAUCGGGUACUACCGGAGGUGGAUCUACGUCAGGAUGAUCAGGCUGGUCACGCCGCCCGACAUGAACGAGACGAGGAUGUUUGACCUGACCGCUGGAGAAGACGAACUCCUGGGGAUGAUCCAGGAAGUGGAUGACGAGAGCUACGCGGUGCUGAUGGUGAAGGGCGAGAACGAUGGGCCAUACUACGAUGUCGUGGCUGAGAUCUGCUCGGUGGAGGCCGAGGACAACGAGCAUGAGGAGGAAUGGAACACGGUGGAGGUUUGCGCGCUCGAGGGCUUCCUGGGCGCGAGCUUCAAGGAGCUGGAGAAGCACCAGUGGAAGGCGAGGAUGACCUUCAUGAAGACCAAGGAUGGCAAAUGGAUGCAAGUCGAGAACGUGAGCGACUACACGGAGUUGGGGAACAUGGCGUUCAGGCGGUUUGGCCCCACAGAAGAUCCGCAAAGGACCAUCACCGUGGUGGCCCCGGCGAAGAUGAAGGACUACUUCGAGGUGGACUCAGAAGUCCCGGUGGCACCAUUCCCCACUACGUUCAGAGAGCUCCAAUCAGAUGAGCUUGGCUGGUCAGAUGAGGAAGUCGGAGUUGGAAGUGAGGAGAUGAUGCGAGAGGCCUGCCUCAGCACGCGAGCAAAGGAGGAAGUCCACAGGAGAGACGCCCGGAAGGACGUGGAGAGCACCAAGACGGAGGUGGAUGAUCAGUAUGGCACUGUGUUGUACAUCGCUGAUCAUCACACAAAGGCGGUUCACGCAGUGCCUGUGCUGAGCAAAGGAGCCCCCAACCUCAAGUUGAUGGUGGAGGAACUUGUCAGGUUUGGCAUGCAGGUGGCUGGAGGAGACCCCGUGAUUUAUCAGAGCGACGGGGAGAGGUCAACAAAGCAGCUUCUCCGAGCUGUUCAGCACUGCAGGGCCAACCUAGGCCUAGAGACCGAGAUCCGCAUCUCAGGAGUGCAGCAACAUGCCUCGAACGGGCAAGCAGAGAGGACAGUGCAGAGUGUGAGAAGGCUGGCAAAUUGCCUCAGGUACUACGCGGAGGAGCAAGCCCAGGUGACGAUUUUGGGCAACUCGCACGUCUACCCAUGGAGCUUCAGACAUGCUUCAUGGCUGAUCAACCGGACGAGCUUCGAAGUGUGGUCAGGAAGAAGGUACCAAGGCAAAAUCUGCCUGUUCGGCGAGAGCGUCAUGUACCGCCACCUCACGGCAUUCAAGGGCAAGCCCAGGUUUGGAAGAGGCAUCUGGGUUGGAAAAUCACCCUGGACAGAUUGCCACAUCGUGCUCACACCAGGCGGUGCUGUAGAGUCAAGGACUGUGAAGCGGAUCCCGGAUCAGUUCAUCGGCACCGACCUGGUGAUCGUGAAGGGACUGCCCUGGAACUACUCCGCCUCCGGGGUGCUCAUGAAGAAGACAGGACCUCGAAGGAGGACCGCGGUGGCAGCUGAUGAGGCAGAAGAGGGCGAGAAGAUCGAGCUGGACAAGGCUGAGGAGCAGAUAGAGGAGAAGAAGGCAAAGGAGGCUUCUGCUGAGCGACAGGCGCGAGAAGCCGGGAUGGCAGUGGCUCUUGGGCUGGCCACCCCGGGACUCUUCGGAGGAGGACAAACUCCAGCCAAGACCGAGAUUUGCGGAGAAGAGGAAGGCCGAGGAGCCCGAUGA